AUGAGGCUUUGCUUUUUCAGGGAGGCGGGCACCAAUGUCAUGCAGAAAAUUCAUUUCUCCACCCAGAUCAUCUGCCAUUUUGAAUCAAAACUCUCUGAAGCCGUUGAACUCUAUCAACAGAGAAUUCAGUGGCUCACAGAAAACAGCAGGAAGGCAUUUGGCCGCAUCAAGGGGACCGGAGUCGGUGUCCUCAUUGACGUGUCAGCGGUUGGCAGUGGCCCCCAGAGAGAGGAGUUUCAAAAUGACCUCAUGAGCCUCAUUGAUGAGCAGCUGAGCCACAAGGAGAAGCUGUACGUCCUGUCCUUCGGCAUCACCACCAAGCCCCUCUGGCCAGAGCCCGUGGAAGUCAGCACCUCCACCCUCCAGGACCUCAAGCUCUGGGUGAAGAAUCUGCAGCCCGAUGGAGGCAGCAAUUUGCUACAAGCCCUGAAGAAAAUCUUUGCUCUGAAGGGGCUGAACUCUCUGGUGACCAUAAUGGGAAGCUGCCCAGAUCAGCCUUCCGAAAUCCUGUCUGACUACAUCCAACAGUCCACCGUGGGAAGGAGCCUCAUCACCCAUGUCAUCACCUACAAAUGUGACCACCAGGUGCCCCCUGCUGUCGUGAAGAAUCUUGCGGAAGCUCUUAGGGGCGACUACCACUGCUACAGCCCAGAGACGGAGCUCUACACCAGCCGGGAUGUGGACGAGCUGCUGGCAGAAAUCCAGAAGGCCCAGAGCCUCCUUGGCCACGUGCAAGCCCUGCGCCAGAGCAGCCCCUGUGAGGAGCUCACACGCAUGAUGCAGGAG